AUGUCGGUAGCGAUCGUCGGCGCUACGGGCGCCAUCGGCAGCGCGCUGGCCAAGCGCGUCCACGCCAGCGGCGCCGUGCCGCUCUUGCUCGGCCGCUGCUCCGAGAAGCUCGGCGCGCUGUCCUCGAGCCUCGGCGGCGCGCCGACGGCCGUGCUCGACUGCAGCGACCCGGCGGGCGUCGCCGCGGCGCUCAAGGAGGCGCCGAUCGCGGAGGUGUCGGCGCUCGCGUACUGCGCCGGUAGCAUCGUCCUCAAGCCCGCGCGGCGCGCGGCGCUCGACGACUACCGCGCGACCAUGGACCUCAACGUCUACUCGGCGCUGGAGACGCUCAAGGCGCUGGAGAAGCCGCUCAAGAAGCACAGGGGCUCCGUCGUGCUCUUCUCGUCCGUCGCCGUGCGGCAGGGCUUCCCGAACCACGCGGUCAUCUCCGCCGCCAAGGGCGCCGUCGAGGGCGUCACGCGCGCCCUCGCGGCCGAGUACGCGCCGUCGGGCCUCCGCGUCAACGCCAUCGCGCCGUCCAUCUCCCACAGCGCCAUGGCCGAGCCCAUGCUCGGCAAGGAGGCCAUGCGCACCGCGCUCGCCAAGGGCCACCCGCUCGGCCGCGUCGGCGACCCGGAGGACUCCGCGGCCCUCGCCGCCUUCCUUCUCUCGCCGGACGCGGGCUGGAUCACGGGCCAGGUCGUCGGCGUCGACGGCGGCCGCCACGCCGUCGCGUGA